AUGUCAAUGCCGGUGGAGCUGGUGUCCUCGGGCCCCAGAUUCAAGAGUGCCACUGCUCCAAAGCUCAAGGCUAUAGAGAGCACUGCUGUUGAAGUCGAGACUGCAGUUGAGGCCGAGGGCACUCCCAAGACGCGUUUCAGCACUGCAGCCGCCAGUUCCUCCUAUGUGAAGAAUGAGCUGAACGUCCGCCAGUUCUUGCACGAAGACCUUCACUUUUUCUUUGCCAUUACCCAGGAGAUGCACCCCAUUAUGCAGCCGGGGCGCUGCCUGCCCCUGCUGGCCGGACGCUUUAUGGCUACCAUAUUCUAUGAGCCCUCGUCGCACAUAUUGUCAUUGUUCCAAGCUGCCAUGCUGCGCCUGGGCAGCCAGUACACUGUGUACACCUUUGCUUUGUACGCCAAUAUCAUUUUUCUGUGCCACCUGCAGCCUGGCUCCGUUGUGGGCACCUCACGCAUGUACAGUGUGCCCGUCAUCAACACUGGUGACGGGAUUGGUGAACACCUGUUGCAGGCCAUGCUCAAUGCCUUUACAAUCCGCGAGGUGCUGGGCACAGUCAGCAGUCUGACCAUUACCCUGGCUAGUGACCUGUGCAACGGCUGCACCAUGCACUCGCUGGCCUGCGUGCUCGCCCAGUACAAAAACUUUACUUUGGGCAUGUCCAAGUCCAUCAAGGGCAACGUUGACCUGCACGCACCCUGUGCCAUGCAAAACAAGUUCACCACACUCACCGACGAUGUGCUGGCCAACACCGAUGUUUUGUACAUUGCUUGCAUGCAGAAGAAGCACUUUGAUUUUCUCGAGGAGUAA